AUGCUUAAAUUCGGUAUCUCAAAUAGGACAGUGAGGCCUAUAACGUUGAUGCGUUAUUUACACGCGGGUAGCGUACACAACAAGAGCCACAACACUAGUUACAGACUGAGCGAUUCCACCGUCAACAGUGAUGAAAUCAUGUCAGAAAACGACCCAUGGUCACCAACGUUGUUCAACGACAUUGUGCAUAUACGUAAACCGAACUCGUUCAGAAAUACACCGCUACCAUCGAAUUAUAGGUUGUCGUACCUGGCAUUGUAUGAGGCACCGGGAGCCAAGUACGUAGCCAUGUUGAAGCGACUCUCGCUAAGCUUUGCUGUGUUGGGAUGCUAUGGGGCCAAGCUCUUUUACGAAUCGGUCCAGUUUGACGAUAUUUAUGCCAUUGCAACGUUGAUUUCUUGUACUGCACCCGCAUAUUUUGUGCAAAUCAAGACACGGGACUAUGUGACAAGAAUAUUCAGGUUAUACGACAAGGAAAAGCCUCAGACGCUUGAAAACUUGUUGGCAGAUGAAAAAUUAGUCAUGGAAAAGUUGAAUAUGACGGGGGGAAAGACGUACAACGAGCUUUUGACUAUCACAGAUAACAAGUCGUUGAAACUUGUACACCCCCCACGGUUCCCAUUGUUGAGUCCGUAUGCAUCGUGGGAGGAAGUGGAAAAAGAAUCUGACGUGAAGAGGAAAUACUAUGUCGUUGAUGAUAUUGGUGGGUUGAAAAUGGACAGGCUUUGGGGCAUUGUCGAGCAUAAUAGUAAGGUUGAUAAUGGAAGGUAUAUUGAGCCAGAAGUGUCUGCUGAUAAAUAA